AAUCGCUACUUCAAAUUUUGCGACGAAAGUUUGUAGCUCGUCCUAACCUUACGAGGAUACGCAUACGCGAUGUUGUCAGAUGUUGUUUUGAUAAUUAUUUUGCGCGAUAAAUAAUUUUUACGAAUUUUUUCGACGGCUAACUAUUAUUAACUCGUAUUGCGGAAUUCAUGGUCACAAUGAGCGAUGACGGUCCAUCCAUGAGAACGAGGAGCAAGAAACGUCGAUUACGCUCAAGUUUGGCACCAAGCUACGAAAGUCCAUUAUCUUGUUUGAAGGACAGCCUAGAGAACCUAGAGGAGCUCACGAACAUCGUGGGUGAUCUACUAAGACAGAACGAAAAGAGAUUGACGCGCAGCACGUCGCGCAAUGCCUCUUCCUCGCGCGAUAGUGUAAUCAUUAUAAACAGCGACAAUGAAGAUGCGGUUAAGGAAGGUGCAUCGCACGGUGUUAUCGAGAGCACAAGCACAGAUAGAGCCUCGACUCAGCAACGCAAACCGCAAAACAAAAUAUUGCUUUCUCUUAAGAAAAGGAAGAGACCAUCGGUUAUACUCCUGGAUAAUGAUUCAUCUUUAGCUCAGCCCUCGAGUGCACAAAAGUUCCUCAAUGGAGAAAACAUAGCACCAUCGCAAGCGGAGGACGAUGUGGUUGAAUUAUGGUCGUGUAUAGGAAAAGUUAUGGACAAAACUAACACAAGCAAAAGUAACAGGAGCAAGUCUAAAAGGCACAAUCGUAAUGUGGUAAACAAAAGACUAAACUUUGUGAUAGACACGAAGCCUAACAUGAAGAAUCUCGAAUGUCUGAAAACGGAUGCAGCACUUCUGGCAAAAAAACGAAAAAUAUCUAAAUACAAUUCAGAUACAUCUGUAUUACCACUUAGUGAAUCCAUGACACAGGUGAUGGAACAUUCGAAGAAAGGUCGAAGCAAACGAGCUGAAAGACGAAAUGAUAAUAAUGCAAAUUCAAACUCUGCUUGUCCAAAUGUACAAUAUACCAAAGGGCAACCAAAGACUAUUGAGUCUUAUACAAUUAGCGAAAACUUCAAGAGCAAAUGUUCAAGUUCACAAUAUAAAUUAAGGGAGAUAAUUGUUGAUGGCUGUAACGUGGCGCAGAUGUAUACAAAUAAUCAACAAUUCUCGGAAGAUGGCAUUAGAUUGGUAGUAGAUUACUUUAAAUCGCGAGGUCACGUUGUAAAGGUCUUUCUACCAAAUCACUUCCGAAGAAGGCAAUUCUUAUUUCUCGAGAAAUUAUACAAAGAGGGCACGGUCGUUUUCACGCCAAGCCGUUUUAUCAAUGGCAAACGAAUCACUCCCUACGAUGACCGGUAUAUUUUGGAAUAUGCAACAAAGUGUGAGGGGAUUGUGAUUUCUUCAGAUCAGUACAGAGAUUUGUAUGAGGAGAAACCAGAAUGGCGCGAUACAAUUCUGAAUCGCUUAUUAAUGCCAACGUUCGUUGGGGAUUAUAUUAUGUUUCCAGAAGACCCAUUAGGUAAAUGCGGGCCUAAGCUUGAAACAUUUUUGCGACAUUCAAAGUGAGAUUUAAAACUUGUGUUAUAUAUAAUACAUAUUUUUAUAAAUGGGACGUAACAAGAACUAAUUAAUGUUCCAUUAUUGAGAAGCAAAUUUUGUACUAAAGUUUUAUCAUUUACUCCACCUUUUGUUUCUCUUUUCUGUACAGUUGCAUAAUAAAUGUCUUAUUAAUAAUAAUUCUUAAAUCUUAAUUAAAGAUAUAGUUAUUAAUAAUUUAUGUAUCAUCUCUAUGCUUUGUUGUAAGAAUGUAUGUUUCGGCGAAACAUACUACAAGUUAAAGGUAAUACAUAUAUAAUUUAUACAUGUAUAGGGAUAAGCUACACGUAAUUUAUAAUUAUUGUAACUUAACCAGUUAUAUAUAUAAAGAGUAAAUUAUUUAAAGUACUCAUUAGUGCUGAGAUUGAUAUUAAGUUAUGCUUCAAAGUGCGAUUGUAGAAGGGAUGGAACACUACAUAUUAUUAAAUUAUGAGAAAUGCCGUUUAAAAUGCUCUUGUAAUUUGCACUUGUUUGCUACACAAUUUACUUACUUAUUCAUUUGUAUAACUGGCAACAUAAGCAAAAUGUUAAAAAGAUGUGUAUGAAUCUGAUUUGAUUUGGGAUAUAAUUAUGGCCUCUUUCGCAUUCCUUAUUAUUCUUUAAUAGAUGUGAAGAACAUACACGAUUCUAUAUUCAAAUAAAAUUUAUAAAAACAAAAAA